AUGUCUGGCUUAUCAAACAUUCUUGCUGUCAAAUUCAAGAGUACGGAGCGCAUUGCGCUGACCACAGCUCUUAGGAAUUAUAUUAGUUAUUCAUAUGCCGAACACCCUGACGCGUACACAGACGAUUUUCGAAUUAUUGAUGAUCUGAGAACGGACUGCCUUAAUUUAGAGGUGCAUCAGAACGCCCUGAAUAGAUUGUUAAAGUAUUACGGACAAUUAGUGUUCGUUGGAUCAAAAUUUCCGAUCGAUGUGGACAUAGAAUUUCCUUGGUAUUCAGCUUUCUCGGAUGAUAAAAGACCGACUGCACAUCGAAAUUUUUACUAUGAGAAAGCAUGCGUACUAUUUAACAUCGGUGCCAUGUAUAGUCAGCUUGGUAUCUCAGAAAAUAGGUCAACACCCGAAGGCGUUAAAAGGGCCUGUCAGCAUUUUCAAUUUGCGGCUGGAUGCUUUAAACAUUUGAACGAGACAAUCAUACCAGAAAUGCGAAUCGCGCCAACUUUAGAUAUGUCACCCGAGACCUUGGGUGUGCUUAUUAACACAAUGCUUGCGCAGGCUCAAGAAUGUUUUUGGAAAAAGGCCGUUUAUGAACAAUUUAAGGAUGGGACAGUGGCUAAGCUAGCAAGUCAGGUAUCCGCUUAUUAUGAUUCUGCUCAUGAAUUGACCACAAGCAACCCAGAUGUUUCCAAGAUGCUAGGACAAAAGUGGGUUACACAUUUGAAAGUGAAAUCGUGGCAUUUUAUGGCGGCGGCAGAAUUUCGAAAGUCUAGUGAAUGUACUGGUCAAAAUAAGUACGGCGAAGAAAUUGCGAGAUUGCAAGUGGCGGAAAGUUACGUGAAACGUAGUUUCGAACAAAGUAAACACUUGGGAGAAGCGGUCCUCAAGGACUUGGAGUCAUUACGCAACGCGGUCUCAUCGAAUCUCAGUCGCGCAGUAAAAGACAACGAUAUCAUUUAUCUUAACACCGUUCCAUCGGCUUCAUCGCUGGUAACCAUCAGUCGAGCAAACUUAGCAAAAGUCAGCAUUCCACCCGAAGUUGAAGACCCUAUUCCUUUAAUGAAUGAAACAUCGAUCUUGGGUAUGCCCUUGUUCGCUAAGCUCGUUCCUUUUGCUGUCCAUCAAGCCCAUAGUGUGUAUUCGGAUCGCAAGAAACAGCUCGGGAAUAAAAUAAUAUUACAACUGCAAGAACUAUCAAACGUUUGCAACAGCACUUUGCAAUCGUUGAAUCUUCCCGCCUCAUUACAUACACCCGAACAAUCACUUCCAUCAUCAUUGUUUGCAAACUCACAAUAUGCUCGUGGUGAAGGAGGAUUGAACAGGUUGGAAGGCAUGUUGGAGACUAUUGAUGAAUGUUUUCCCAAAAACAGUAGGAUUUUAGAGGAAUCGUUCAACAUACUGGAUGCGGAAGCAGGAGAGGAUGAAGAAUGGCAAAGUCAAUUUGGAGAAAGAUGGACGAGAGAAUGUUCAGAGAAUGGCAACAAAGGACUAGUAGAUCAAGCGAAUAGAUAUAAAGAGACUCUCGAGCGAGCUCGUGUGGGAGAUAAUACAGUUCGAGAAAAAAUUGAUAAAUGGUCGGAUUAUAUUAGAUUACUGUGUGAAGACAAGGAAACAUUGGUAAGUUCCAUUCCUUCAGGUAACAUGAUAUCAGGAUCCACACUGGCAGGUCUUCAAGAAACCACGAAUGAAUUGCGGUCACAAGUAAACGAAGCCUAUAAAUUCAUGAAAGAUUGUCAAAAUACGAUACAAGAGGUGAAAAAAACUGCAGACUUGGAUGAUAUUGGUCCAAUCUUGCUUAAGGAAGCGGCAAAGAUAACAGCUACCCAUGGUACUGCGACAAAAAUUGAACCAGCACAAUUUGAAGAUUUAUUCAAUGAGCAGAUGAAGAGAUAUGAUAAGUUUUUAGAAUUGACGAAUAAAGAAUCAGAACGUCAAGAAAAAAUUUUGAAUAACGUUAGGGAAAAAUUCGAUGAAUUAUCGGAAAAACGCAAGUUAUCGUAUAACCCUGAAAGAAUGAAGAUUUUAAAGAAUCUUGAAAAUGCCCAUAGUAAAUUUAAAGAAAUCCUGACGAACUUAAAAGAGAUCAUAAAUUUUUACCAUGAAUUCGAGGCUUCGUUGAAUGAAUUUAAGAAAAAUUGUGAAGAAUUUGCGGAAAUUCGUCAUGAAGACGGGGAGAAAUAUGUUAGUCGAUUGACAGGUCAUAAGGUCAAUUCCAAUAUAUCCCACGAGACAUCAUAUGGUGGAUCGCCUUAUGCGAGCGAAGGAACAUCUGUAAAUUAUAAUUGGACACGAGGUACACCUGUAUCUAUCUCACAACAGGGAAGCAAACAACCGCAACCGCCGAAGAUCUGGAAUGAAACUAUGGAAAUAAAAUUUAGAAAUGAUAAUUUAUAA